AUGAAUAAGGAGGAGGAAGGCGCUAUUAUAAGCGAGACCCGCAUGAACCAAUUUGGCAUAUGCGCGGCUUUCGAAAAUGAAGGGUACAUAUCGAGCAUAGACAUGUUAAAUAACAUAGUAGCCGUAACCAAUACCAAAAAUAUUAUAAAGAUAUAUGAUAUAAGUGACAGAAAAGAAAUACUAAGUUGUAUCAUUGAAGAUAUAGUUAUAAAUGAUGUGAAAUUACUGAAGACCAAUUUAAAUGGUAACAAUAACUCGUGUGCACAUUUAGAAUUGAACGAGUGUUUAUUUACGGCAUAUGAAAAUCGAAAAAAAUGUAAAAUAUAUCAUUUUAACAUUCUGAAUAAAAAAAUAAUACAUAUAUUUGAAUUUUUUAGUGAAAUUGUUGACAAUAGUUUUUCAUUGCAUCCAAAUACUCAUAUAUUUAUUGUUACGUUAAGAAGUAAAGAAUUGUUAGUUUAUCAUAUAAAGGAGAAAACAAUGUUAUAUAAAACGGAUGUUCAAAAUGAAUAUUGUAUAGCUAGCUAUAACAAAACAGGAAUUAUAUAUGCCUAUACAGUUAAUGAAAAAAUUAUAUACUUAUGUAGCUGUUUUGGAGAUGACUAUAAUGAUGAAUAUUUUGCAAAUUUUGACAUUUCAAAAAUAACGAAUAAUGGCAAUUUUUGUACACAUAUUGACUUUUCUUUUGAUGAAAAAAAAAUGCUUAUUGCUACUAAGUUUAAUUACAUAUACACACUGGACGCAUACACAGGGGAUGUACUGUGUUCAUACAAUUUCAUGUACGAUAAUAGCCCGUUACUUAUUACUUAUAUAUCUUAUCCAAUUUAUUCGUUCGAUUCAAAUUAUGUUUUAUCAGGUGGGAAAGAUGGUCACCUGCAUAUCUGGGACGUAAAGGGGAAUUUCGUGUGCAAGAAAAAAAUUGGUAACAACGUUUUGUUUGUUAAGUGGGUGUAUAACAGAGUUGCAUUUAUAACAACGAGUAACUAUGUUUUAAUCUGGCAGAUACCUAAAAAGGAUUAA